CUGUACUAAAAUUCUGUAAUGUCUAAUUUAGUUUUAAGUCGUGAAUUGCUAUCGUAUUGUAAACAAAACAUUGUCAAAGACUCUCAUUGUUUGGAAAGAUAUUAAUACACCUAGGAGUUGUCAGUUGCCAGUUGGGAUAUGCAGUGCGGUUAGCUCGGAGAGUCAGUUGUUGAGUCUGUGAAGUCUGUCAGUUCUGUUUUGUAAAUAAACGUCUGUAAUGAAGAAUUACUUGUUGUCGUCAAUAUGAACUCAAGACCUUUUGCACGAAGCAGACACCUCCUAAUGCAACGUAUUAAUUUGGUGUUGAGGAGCUGAAAUGUUAUAAUUUGGUUGAGGAAGCUGGGAUGUUAUAAUUUGGUGGAGGAGCUGGGAUAUGACGACCACCCAGUGAUUUUUCAAAAUAAAAUACGUCUCUUCUGGGAUCACAAGAAGAAAAUACGUCUGUUUUGGGACCACAAGAAGAGGAUAUACGACGGACCAGUCAUUCUUCAGAAGUAAAUACGUCGAUUCUGGGGUCACAAGAAGCGGAGUGAAUCAACCGAGCGAAACCAUCCUGGAAUUGAAGAAAUUUCGCAAAACACGGACACCAACGACCGCCGACGGACACUAAGAUAAGUACCCGCUUCCUAAAAUAAUGGAAAAAGACUCUGAUUUCAGUAUUGACAGCGGUGUAUCGAGUACACCUACUAGGGAAAGUGCUUCUGACAGUGUAGGAAUGUUGGAAAUGUUACAACAAAUGUUUUCAGAAUGUUAAACUCGAAGUUGGAUAACACAAACUCGAAGAUGGACGAUUCUCGUGCCGAAUUAUGUCAACAAAUUGAACAGACACAACAACAGAUGGACAGGUCGAUUUCGAAGGCUGUGUGUGAUUUAAAAUCAGAAAUAAAUUCAAAUACAGAACAGAUUGCUCACACUAAUCAGGUUCUCGAAGAAUGGCGAAUUACUUUUGAGUCAAACCAAAAAGAACUUAGUUGUCGUGUGGACACGGUUGAGAGCAAAAUUUCUGUCCUUGAAACUGAUUUAAGUAACGAAAUUUCAAAUAACCAGUCAAAACUUAAAAAAGUUGUUGAUUUUGUAAAUGAUGAAAAUUCUCAAUUGAGAAAUGAAUUUGACCAGACAAAACGAUUUUUUGAAAGCGAAAUUGAAUCUUUCAAAUCUGAUACUGACAAAAAGGUCACAGAAAUUUGUAGUAGAGUAGGUAAUGUCGAAAAAACUGUAGACAGAAAAUUUGUAGAAAUACAAGAAACUAUGUUGCAAAAAGGUUUUAGUAAUAGUUGUAAUGGGGUACGGGGAAAUUUUCCCAUUAAAACUUAUCCCGGUGACAAGAAUAUACACCCAAAAGACUUCAUGCAAUUCUGCAAGGAGCAGUUCACAUCCAUAAUAACAGAUAGUGUUAAGAUAAAAUUUGUAAAGAAAUUACUUGAUGGUGAGGCGCUUUCGUGGGCCAAUCAGAAUUGUUCCGCGGAAAUGUCCUUUGAAGAUUUCGAAAAAUGUUUUCUAACCAAAUUUUGGUCUGAAACUGAGCAAGCUCGAAUCAAAAGUGAAUUCUUGAAUGGUCCUAGUUACAGAGAAUCUGAUGGGUCAAUGAAAGCCUAUAGUGAGAAACAGUUGCAAAAAUUAGUGCAUCUGGAUAAGCCAUUUGAUGAGCUAACUCAAAUUGAUGCACUAAAACGGAGACUUCCGAAAAGAGUACAAUGGGGUUUAGUAUAUGGUCCAGAUGAGUCCAUAGAACAAUUCUUGAAAUAUGUGGACAAACUUGAUAGAGCCUUUGAACAAAACAACAGAUUUAACGACAUUGUAGGUUCAUCACACAGAGGGUGGGAACCGAACCGUGGAAAUAAUAACAAUAAUAGUGAACGAAGAAACUUUAACAACAACAGGGAUAAUUAUAAUAGCAAUGACAGAAGAAAUUUUGGUAGGAAUGAUCAGUACUUUAAUUCAAACAGAGAAUGGGAAAAUCGAAACAGGUCCUGGGGUAAUGACAUGAGAGAAGGUAACCCGAGGCAGGGAAACGACAGACAUAGGCCUUUAAACGACUAAAUGCUCCACUGGGAGUCUGUCAGUUUAGGGCAAGGAAUUUUCAAAAUCAGGCUAAUUUCACCCGGAACAGACAGCACUAUAAUCAGAGACCUAACCAGUAUAGACAGUAUGCUUAUGAUUGAUCUGUAGAUAGAGGUAAUGAAAACAUUAAAUUUGACAGGAAAUUUUGGAAUGUCAUCAGAGAAAAUACUAGAAACAACUGUAAUAGGAACCAGGCUACCUUUGAUGAAGUAGGCUUAGAAGAUUAUAUAAUUGCAAAUUUAUAUAAUCAAGAAGAAGAACCUAAUGCUGAAAUGAAAGCCUGUGAUAGCCUGCAGUGUAUAUGGAAACCAUACGGACUGUGAAGAUGAGACUGAAAUACAGUGUGUGGCAUUGAGGUAUACCGACCUUUAAGGAAGAAGAUCACCGACCUUCAAGAAAGAAGACACCAAAGAUAUGUGUAAAACUUUUCUGUUUUGUAAUGUAAGGACAUCAACCCUUCCGUGUUUCACGUGGAAGUGCUGAUGGGGGGGUUGUGUAACAUUACAGAACAUAUUGGGACAUAUUGAAGUAUUCGAUACUGUAGACCUUUAGGGGAUGUCGAUACAGAUAUGCACAAUGUAAAGGGAAACUUUGGUGAUGUUUAAAUAUUGUACUGUGUCAAUAUUAGGACAUUUUGAACAGAAAGAACAAAAAUAGAAUUAAUGUAAAUAUAUAUUAGUGUUAGUAACCUAUUUUCAUUCAAUUUUGUAAUUAUAUUUCAUUUUGUAAAAGAAAGACUCACUGUUUGCUGUAGCUCUGAUUAAUUGUAUAAAUUAUCAGUUUUGAGCUAAAUUAUUUCGUAUAA